AUGGAGAAGCGGGCGGCGGGAAAGCCGCCCCUGCAGCCGGGCGGCAUGAUGCGCGUGCUCGGCGCAAUCGUGGGCAAGGGUGGGCAGAAGGAGCGCAAGAAGGGGCCGGUGCAAGUGCGUCUUGGUGAGAAGAAUGACUUCUAUUAUGACGAGAACAGGAAGAUGUGGGUGGAACGAGGAAAGGAGGCGGAAGCCGACUCGCUGGCGAACACUCUGAUGUCGGGGCCACCGUCGUUUGCCGACUUGGCACAAGCGGCAGGCGAGGGAGGCGACCUCGGAGUGCCCGUGCCCAAGCCGUACUGGGGAAGCAGCGCUGGUGGCAGCGAGGUGGAGGAGGAGGGGUUCGCGCCCGGCAUGGCGAGUGCUCCGAAUCCGAGCACCCCGCUCAGGGCCGGGCACGGGCACGCCCGCAGUGGCAGCCACGACCACCUCCCUGCGCCGGGCUUCCGACGAAACGACUCGUCUACGUCGCUCUCUGGACACUCACGGUCGAGCAGCCGCGCACACGGGCUGCGGCGAUACGUCGACCCCGGGUACAUCAAGACGUCGGCGGAUGGGUCGCGUCCGGACACCCCCCCGCUGACGGUGCCCCCCCCGGCCAGUUUCGCGCAACCUCCCCAGGCGAGCAACAUGGGCAAGGUCUCCAUGUUCGUCCCCGCGUCCUCCCAGCCAGAAUCCAGAGAGGACGAAGACGAGCCCGCGCGCGAGGACGAGGCGCCCGCACCGGACGGCGCACCAUCGCAAGCGGAAGCGACCGGCAGCCGCGAGUCGCGCGGCGCACCCGAGGAGCAGCAGGAGCAGCUGCCAGUGUCUGCCUUCAUGCAGGGCAGCCAGGCGUCCGACGCACCCGAUGAACAGCAGUCGCAUGUUGAACAGCCGGCGCCAUCGCACCACGAAGGCGGGGCUGACGCGGACGCCAGCGCUGGCAGGCGCCUGGACCAGGAGGCCGGUGCGAUGGCGGCUGAGCAUGCUGACCAGGCACCAGGCCAGGACCCCCCACAAACAACAGCCCCUUCUAGCGAGCAGGAGCAACCGAGCGUGGGACAGCAGGACAACGUUCCCGCGCCCGAACAAGGCACCGAGAUGUCUUCCAACACGGAACUCACGACGGAUGCAUCUCUGCAAGGUUGGGCAUGGGAUGAAGCGAACAACGAGUGGGUGGCGACCCAGGAGGGGGCGUCUCCACAUGGCCACCCCAACGGGGCCGCGCAGACCGACGGACACGCAGCUGGCUGGAGCAAUGCGGACGGCACGUCGGGCACCCCGGCCGAGUGGAAGGCGUACUACGAGAGCCUGGGCUACGAGAUUGACGACGAGAAGAUGCGUGAGUGGGAGGAGCACUACCAGCGGCAGCUGCAAGGGCUCCCACACAGCGACCACCACGGACCCGAGGGCGCCGCGGACGAGCACCAGGGCGUCGGGCACUCUGAUGCGGCCGCCCCUCCGGCAGCGCAGGCGUCCCACGAGGUCGCAGAAGGCGAGCAACAUGCAACGGUGCUCAGCCGGGGCGCCUCAGGACUGUUCAACGGCCCGUCAAGAGCGGAGACCGGGCCGCCGCGGUCGAUCUUCGGCAGCGACAGCGACGACGAGAGGAUGCAGGUCGUCACUGCCGCGAACCCGGGGCGCUCCCUGGGUGAAGCACUGGGGCUGCCACCGACGGGGAGCAAGCGGCUGCGCGGCGCGGCCGGUCGUCGGCGUUCCAGGCUACCCUGGGAGAACUCGGACAGCAGCAGCGACGGUUCCGCAACGGGCAGCGUCCGCCUGGCCCUCCUGCCUCGUAAGAAGCGCAGUCAUCGCGCGCGCCCCCCAGGGACCGCCCCCGCUAGCGGCGCGACGAGCUUCGCGGCGACGCCGCACAAGACUGCGGCGGCAGUCGCGCCCACGGAGGGUGCGAGCGCGCCGUCUGGCCAGACUGACGCAGAGCUCACGGCAAGCGCAGACCCCUCGAACAACAUGACGGUGCAGCAGGCGUUCGGACAAGUCGUGAACGAGGGGAAGGACGUGGCGAGAGGUUUGAUGCAGAACUUCGGUGCCGCCAUCAAUGGCAUCCACGACGCGAUCGGGCGUGACGAGGACCCGGACGAUGAGGAAUACAAGAGGCUUUACGGAGUUCAAAGCGCUGCAGAGGUCACGGGCACCGACGCGCUGCCUCCACCUGGCCCAGAUGCACACACCAGCCCAGAUCGUGCGUUCGAGCAAGACACGAUCGGUGCACCGUACCAGCCAGACGGCGGCACUACUGCCUCGUCGCCGGUCGGACAGGAAGGCCUUGCACCGGCACAUGACAUGCCCUCGGGUUGGGGUGGAGAAGAGGCUGUCGAUGACAGCCAACCGAACGACGCGGCCGAGCCGGAGCACAACCCAGGAGUCGAGCACGUCGAGGGGUCAGCGCCCGUUGACAGACCCGAGGACGGGCCUGUGCCCGCCUUCACGAACAGCGAACCGGAGGCGCCACAUGUUGAGCACGAACCGGAGGCAACACAUGCCGCGCACGAACCGGAGGCGCCACAUGUUGAGCACGAAUCGCCUGCCACAGUACAGGAUGUCCACCCGCCUGGAGAGCAGCAAGAGAGCGCUGGUGAGGAGGGGCUGCAAGGUCAGCUCGAGGCAGCGCACGACGAGCUCGGGCAGCAGGUCGCCGAGGGAGAUCAGCUGCGUGAAGAGCUCGAAGCAGUGCGGUUUGAGCGAGACGCGCACUUGCAGUCGAUGGCGGCGGCACAGCAGGUGCCAGACGGGGCGACCUCGCAGCCGGUGGCCCUCAACAUCGUCGUGAGAGGCUCUGUGGCCAGCGAGGUUGAAGUGCCACGGCCGGCAGCGCAGCACUCGUCAGGGUCGCUGUCGCUGGACGACUUGCAAGACGCCGACGCGCUGCGUCGCCGCAUCCAGGAGCUUCAGCAAGAGAGCAAGAAGCAAAGACAUGGCAACCAGGUCCUGCGGAAGCGGCUGGAUGCGCUCAGGCAGGAGCUUGCGGCAGCUCAGUCUGCUGCGCAUGAUGCAACUGCACGUGGAGAGCAGGUUCGCGCAGAAAUGCAAGCGUUGCAACAGGAGAGGGACGAGGCCUGGCAGCGCGUGGAGGCCCUCAUGCAGGAGCACGGCAAAGAAGAGGGCCGAUUGGCCGAGGCCAGCGAGACACUCGAGGCGAUGCGCCGUCGAGCACUUGCCGCAGAGGCGAGGUGCGACGAGCUCACGGAGAUGCUGGAGUCGGGAUACUACUCGAAUGCGGCGCAGCAACAAAACCCGCAACAACUCGAGGAGCUGUCCAAGGCGCUGCAGGACAACAAGGCUGCGCUCGCUGAACUGCAAAAUGAGCGCGAGAGCCUGUUUGAACAGCUCAGGACGGCGCAUGCAGCUCAGCAAGACGCUGAAGCUGCGCGAUGGCGGGUGCAGGAGGUUGAAUCAGAGCUCGCGGAUGCGAACGAACGUGUUGAAGAGAGGGAGGCGAAGAUCAAGCGGGCCGUGGGCAAGAUCAGGCAGCUCCAGAAGGAGAUCGCCGACGUCAAGCGCGAGAAGGCCGAGCUGGAAGCCAAGCAGCCGCCCAGUGAAGAUCCGGGCCUUCGGAGCGAGGUGGACUCCCUCUCGUCUCGCCUGCAUGCAGCCCAAGACGAGCUGUCUUCCCUGCAACGUCAGCUGCGGGAGGUCGAGGAGGCACGCCAGGACGCUCAAGCGCGACACGCCACCGCGCAGCAGGAGGCUAUGGAUGCGCGCGCAGAACUCGACAGCGUGCGCGCAGAAGCUGCGGCGAGCUUCGAGCGCGCGUCUGCAGCUGACGCACGUCUCUCUGAUCUCCAGGCUGUCGUGGACGACCUGCGAGGGCAGCUCGAGAGGGCGCAGCAGGACUCCACGGACGAGCUGCGGGCCGCCCACAGCAACGCGGACGCUGCCCGGCAGCAGGUAGCUGAGGCCUGCGAAGCGAGAGAUGCUGCCGUGGCACAGGUCGAGCAGCUCCGAAGCGCACUCGAAGACGCUCAGGCACAGGUCGCGGCGUCGAUGUCUAGCCCGGAAGAAGUCGAGGCCCUUCGACAGCAGGUCGCGGCGAUGCAGGAGGAGGUGGAUGUCGGCAAGAAGCGUUACCAGGGGCUGAGGGUCAAGGCGAAGAAGCAGCUUGACGAGCUGUCGGCCCGCCAGAAGCAUGCCAUGCAAGAGGCCCAGCAGGCGAACGAGUCGCACGAGGCGGAGGCGGCUGCGUCAGCUGCUCGCAUUCAGGCCCUCGAGAACUCCCUGCGCGAAGAAGGCCAGAAGGUGCAGUCCCUGCAGCAGCAGCUUGAGGUGCUUCAGGCCCAGCUGACUGACGCGGAGGCCGCCAGGAGUGCGCUGUCGGACGCACGAGCGCGGCUGGACGAAGUCACGUCGCGGUUGGAAGCCAUGCAGAGCGCACUGCAGCAAGCACAGCAAAGCGAGGAGGCCUUGAGGCGGGAGCUCGAGGAAGCGCGCGACAGGGCGCUUUGCGAAGAGCAAGGCGCUGCGUCGCGCGUAGCUGAGCUGGAGAGUGAAGUCGCAAGGCUGGCACAGGCCAACAUCGAGAGCUCGCAAGACGCGGCGGCGAGCAGACAGGCUCUGCAGGAGGCGGAAGUGCGCGCGGCCGCGCUUGAGGCUGCCAAGCAGGAACUGGCUGCCAACGUGAGCACCGCACAGCAGGCCGCGGCCCAUGCACAAGAGCUGCAAGCACGUGCCGAAGCAGAGCUGCAGUCGAGUGCGGCACAGUCUUCGCGAGUCGCUGAUCUGGAGAAGGAGGUGGAGAAGCUGACGACGGUCAGGAAGAAGGCGGUGUUGGCCAUGAAGCGCGCCCAGUCGGAGCGGGACGCUGCGCAGGGCCGUCUGAAGGAAGCAGAGGGGGCGGGACGGGACGCGCAGGCUGCGCUGGACGACCUGCAACGGGAGUGCGAGCAGUUGCGUGCGGACGGAGAAGCUCUCAGAGCCCGCCUGUCGGCGCUUGAGGCGUCGACGACCCCUGCGGAGGAGGUCGACAGUCUGCGGCAAUCCUUGCAGAACGCAACAGCGGAGCUGGCGGCGGUCAAAGCCGAGCGUGAUGGCUUGUCUGCCUCCCUGGAGCUCGCCACAGAGCAGAGUGGCCAGCUCAACCAAGGUCUCGCGGGCGCCCGGGAGGAGCUAGCGGCCAGGAUGGCGGAGGCCGAGACCUGGCAGGUCAAGGUCGCGGCCGUACAGGACGAGGCCGAGGCGGCCAGGACGCGCGCCGAACACGCCGAGGAGCAGCUCCGACAGAUAGCGCAGGAGCGCGAUCGCCUGGCUGAGGAGCUGGCUAGCGCCCCCGCGGCGGGGCACCCCUCGGCCGAGGAUGAUGGCAUCUACGAGCAGCUGAGGGCCGCCCUGGCUGAGCGGGACGAGGCCGUGCAGCGCGCGCAGGACCUGAGCGUCGCGCUCGCGGGCCAGGAGAAGCAGCGCGGUGCCGCGACGCCUGGGGAGUCUGGCGGGGCGCUGCCGUGGGCGGGUGUGUCGAAUCCCCUCUUCGAGGCGAACGGGAGCGAGCAGGGCGCGGACCUCGCGGAGGAGGUGGCACGCCUGCGCGCUGAGCUUGAGAGUGUGCGCGGUGAGAAGGACGCGCGGGAGGAGGAGUUCCAGGAGCUGCUGGCGUGUCUGGCACUGGAGGGGGGCAAGGCCAUGCGCUUCGAGGAGGAGCUGCGUGCGCUCGGCGCGGACAACGUGGAUGAAAUACUGCAGGAGAUGGAGGACUUCUACGACGUUGACGGCGCGGGCAAUUUGUGA